CCAAUGAAAUGAGUGUAAUGGCGUCAUGGUUAGGUGAAGUGUACGGUGUCAGUUGAUAAUAAAACUCCAAGUCUGCAUUCAUUUCGAAACGUACCCCGCAAUUUUUAUCACUUUAUUUUCUACUGUUUUUAUAUUUUUGUACCGAAAUCGUAAUCGAACGAAAUGAGUGUGCGAAUCAGGUCGCGUUUACGUGUUUUUAAUGCUUGAUUUGCUGUGUUUGCGUACGGGUCUGUCCGGACUCAGCCAGAUAAAAUAAGUUGAGCCCGUAUUUUGUGUUUUGUCAUAGCUCAAUCUCUCAUUCCAUCCGUUUUUGCGAUUCCUAAAGUGCUAAUUUCUCGUCAAUCAUCCAUCCAGACGGGAGGAGAACUUCUUUCCUUCACCGUCGCGAGUUCACUUUCAGCCAGACAGUUUCUCCCUUACAUGCUAAUUUACAAGCAUGUUCUCUACAUCAAUCAUUCUUGAUGAAGAAUGUAAUGCACAAGACGCAUGAUCUCUUGAUCUCAAAAUGAAUGCGUCAAUAUUGGCCAAGCAUUUUAGUAACCGAUUCAACCACCAUAUUCGUGACAAGAAAGGAAGGUAGAUAGUUUCUUGGCAUCAUGGCCAGGAAAAACGAUGCUUCCAAAUGGUUCAACGUCGCUGUUGUUGGUCUGUCUGGGACUGAAAAGGACAAGGGAGCUGUCGGAAUCGGAAAAUCAUGUCUCUGUAAUAGAUUCAUUCGAUCAUUGGCCGAUGACUACAGUGUCGAUCACAUCUCAGUCCUCAGUCAGUCUGACUUCAGCGGAAGAGUCGUUAAUAACGACCAUUUCCUGUAUUGGGGUGAAGUAUCCAAAGCAACAGAGGAAGGUGCAGAAAUUCAGUUUCAAGUCAUCGAGCAAACUGAAUUUAUCGAUGACGCAUCCUUUCAGCCAUUUAAAGGUGGCAAAAUGGAGCCUUAUAUUAAACGAUGUGCGGCAGUUAAGUUGACAUCAGCAGAGAAACUCAUGUACAUUUGUAAAAAUCAAUUAGGUAUUGAAAAAGAAUAUGAACAGAAAGUUCUACCAGACGGUAGAAUAAGUAUAGAUGGAUUUCUUUGUUUAUUUGAUGUUAGUGAAGUACCCAGCCGGAGUAUCGAAAAGCAAGUAGAAUUCAGUGCUGGAAUAUUGAAUAAUCUAAUAAAAACAAAAAAACCAAUUGUUUUAGUUACAACUAAGAAUGAUGAUGCCAAUGAACUAUUUGUCAAAGAAGCAGAGAGGUUAGUCAAUAGAAAAGAGUACAAAGGAGCCAUACCAAUGGUCGAAACAUCUGCCCAUGAAAAUAUCAAUGUAGACAUGGCGUUCAUUGCUCUAGCACAACUUGUGGAUCGUAUCAAAGGUCGCAGCAAAAUUUUGCCGUAUCAUGAAGCAGCAAGAUCACGGAAAGAGCAAUUGGAUUUGACGGCGGAUGCAUUUGCAGCUUUAAUUCGUUCGCAGAUCACUGAUUAUCGAUCUCUUUGGAGUACAACGGCAAAGAAACUUGCCAAGCAUGAGAUCUACAUCAGGUACCUUGAUUUGUUUGGUGUUGGUAGUGCUCAAAGUGUGUUCAGGCGACAUCUAAAGAAGCUGAAAGAUGAAUAUCUAGCAAAGCGAGUUCAAGGUUACUUGGAAAUGCUCCCAGAUAUUUUGCAAGAACUUGUACCUGAAAUUUCCUCUUUUAGAGAUGUGGAUUGGCCGUCCGUGCAGCAGCAUAUCAAGGAACAUCCUGACUUUGGUCAUUAUUUUUACAACCCCCCUGAUGAUAUGCCCUGGACAGAGUGUGAUCUAGAAGAUGAUGAGGGUCAGGAAGAGCGAAGGAUACCCUAUGAUGUCCUUGAAACUGGUGAAGCAGAAACCGUCUUCAAAAACCAUGCUAGCGCACUUCAACAAGAGCAGAAACGAUUAGAACUUCCAAAAAGAUGGAAAAAACAAUUCAAAGAGUUGUUAGAAGAUACUGGUUAUGUUACGCCAGGGAAACCAAUAUCAGAUGUACGGGUGUUGUUAAUGGGUCAAGAGUGUUACCAUGCUUUGACGGAAGAAGAAAUUCAGUACAUUUAUGAUAAACAUCAAAAAGAAAUAAUAGAGAAAGCCAAACAUAAUUUCCAGGAAUUACUACUAGAGCACGCUGAUUUAUUUCAUCAUGUUAAAAGUAUAGCUCCAUCAGGUGCCAGGAUGCAAGAAUAUGUCAAGGAGUUGACAGAUUCCCUAAAAGAAGACUCGAGGUAUAAAGCAUUAGAUAGACUAGAUCAGGACAGGACUUUAAUGUUGUAUCAGCAUCUUGGAUUUGUUCAUUGCCCCAUCAAAGAACAUUGUCCAGCAUUCCCCAAUUGUAUGGACGCUCUCAUCGAACGAAUUUUAGGCAAUAAAGCGCACAGACCUUCCUCUUGGAAUCACAACACUCAGUGGGUUCUGAAUUCAGACAACAACCAAGUGAAUCUAGUGAUGCUGGGAAUCCAUGGUUUGGCACACGAGCUCUCUGCAGAAAUUCGGAAUUUAUGCGAAGACGAUGAAUGUGAAAUUGACUGUCAGCUGUACACUCUAGACCAUAGAAUAAUCGACGGAGACGUGAGUCUGCCUGACAACUCAUUCCAGUCAUCAAAUUUCAUGCCGCAUGGGUGUUUCUGCGUCUACUCAGAUUCAGAAAGCUUCGAGUACAUCAGACGUAGCCUAGAGAUAACUCUGCUCUCAAACUUGGAGCAGAAUGACCGUCUUCCAUUCCAAGGAUUACCAUUAGUCAUAUUGUUUGUUGGUACAACAAAUCAAGUAGAGGAUGCUGAAAUUCUUCGACUGAGGGAAGAAGGUCAAAGUCUAGCUGAUAGUUUGCAAUGUCCGUUUAUCGAUGUAUCCUUAGAGGCCAUGACAGAUAAUAGGAGAUUAAGUCCUCAACUUGUUGCCAGUGCUCUGCGGCAGUUGAUCCAGAGUAUUAGGCAUCGAGCAGGAUUUUUGAACAGUUAUCAGCAUGCAGUAGUAGAAUGUUCCGAGCCAGAUAUUAGGAUAAUUAUGUGUGUUUUCUGUGGAGAUCCCUACUCGCUGGAAAAUGUCGUUGGGCCUCUGCUGAAUCAUCAGUGUUGUUUUCUUAGUGGUGAUAGGAGUAUAAUACUGGAGACAUUCUUGGGAACCUCUAAGCGAAAAGUUGAGGUGAUCAUUUCUUCAUAUCACGGCGCCAAUGCGUUUCGUGAAGAACUAGUCCAUGGUUUUAUUCUAGUCUACUCGGCGAAGCGAAAAGCUUCUCUUGCAACAUUAAAUGCUUUCUCUAUGAACAUCUCGCAUUUGCCUAUUCAAAUUAUGGCUGUGACAGACUCCGGUGGAGCAAGUGCUUUUUUCAGCAAUGAUGUUUCGCAUCAGUUAAUCACAGAAGGAAAUGCAACAGCAGACCGGCUUCAAGCUCAUUUUAUGACACACUCAUCAUCAUUCCAACAAAAAACGGCAUUUUAUACUCCAUUCUUCAAAGAGGUGUGGGAUAAGAAGCCAGAAAUCGAACGUGCAUUCCAUUUGGAAGACCCCUCUAAUCCUCCAUUACCUCCUCGACAUGAAAGUUACCGCCUAAAAAUGAACUCUGAUCAAGGGAGUUGUGGUGAUCUCUAUUUUGAAGAAGGGAAUGACUUCUCGCCAGCAUACUCCCAAGAACGGCUCAUCAGCGGGAGCGAAGAUAGUGAUACGUGUUCACCCCUGGAUGUGUAUGCAUCUGCACAAGAGAACAGCAGAAACAAUACCAGCACAUUACAGUCAAACAAUAAACUUCAUGGGUUGCAAGUGUAUCCCCCUCCUACGACUCCCCCCGAGCCAGCUCCCCCCGAUCACUUCGGCCAUCUCGCCAACAAUUCAGGAUUGAAUCUGGGCUCUAACACCAGCUUGGAUGAAAUCACAUCGGAUGUCAGUGGUUCAAGAGAAUCACUUGCUACUCAUGACUCAGGUUGGGUUGAUGAUGCAGGUUUGAUGCAGGAAGGUGGGGUAUGGACAAACAACUUCUCACAACAUGCUUUCACCACUGGACGAAGACAUGCUUCGAAGUCAUCACGGUUUAAAGGCAAUAGUCAUACAAUGAAGCAACCGGGAAAAUUAAAUAUGAAAGACUUCACGCUAGUAACUGAUGCGAUUGCACGGAUGAAUGUUAACAAAGAACACCCUCCCCGCCCAUCUAGAUUUAGUAAAUUGGGUCAAGCUCCUCUUGCUACUCCAGAAACUGUGGAAUUAGGGGCUGAUUACUCACAAGUUAAAGACUCCUUGGCGGGUAUUUGCUAUGAUGGAGAGUACUCAUAUUCUCAUGUUCAAGAUAUGAUUUCUGGCACCAACAAAUUGAAGCUACGUCAAAGGCGGGAAAAAGGUAGACAGCCAUAUUCUGACUCCGAUAGUGAUCGAAGUUCCCCAGAGAGUAGACAUCGACUUUGUCCAGGAGACUCAAAAACAAAUCGAAAAUCUACAAUGCACAAGCGGACUCGGAAGAAGAGGACGGCCAUUCCAGUUGCAACCCCUAAAGUUCCUCCCUUCAGUGCCCCUCCAACCAACGGACCUGGUCCUAUGGAUUUUGCCUUCCCAGCUCAGCAUAGUUUCUCUUACCCCAAAGAAAACUCGGUAGAAAGUCAUGAGAAAGCCAAACAUAGACUUGAAAGGAUAUAUGGAGCUAUUCAUGAUGAGGAUUCAAGUCUAGACCCGUCGUCACCUAGAGAUCUAAAUUCACCAUUGUUUGGAAUUGGCGGCAAGCAGAAAGACGGUGAUAAAACCUUAAGAAGAAAAGAAAAGCAGAAAGCAAAAGAAGAAAAGGAACUGGAGAAGCGACGAAUAAAGGAAGAAAAACUAAAGAAGCUAGCUGAAGAGCGGGAAACCAAGAAAAAGCAGAAAACAAAACUAAAGAGUGGGAGUGGGUCUCUCACCAUGCAACCAUCUUUGGAGCACUUUGUUCAGUCGGAGAAUAAUGCUGUACCUGUCAUAUUAGAAAAGUGUGUCAGGUUCAUUGAAGAAGAGGGACUAGACUCCGAAGGCAUUUACCGUGUACCUGGUAAUAGGGCACAUGUGGAAUUACUUUUUCAUAAAUUUGAAGAAGAUAGUAACGUUGAUAUCAACACACUAGACAUUCCAGUGAAUGCUGUCGCUACAGCUCUAAAAGAUUUUUUCUCAAAACGGCUCCCCCCUCUUUUCCCAGAAGACACCAUGGUAGAAUUAGAAGACUUAUCUAUCAAAGCUGACCGGAGUUGCCGUUUAUUAGCUCUUAGAGGUUUAUUGAAGAAGUUACCAACUGUAAAUUUUGAAAUUCUCAAGUUUGUGUUUCACCAUUUUGUUAGGAUAUCAGAAAACUGCAAGUUGAACAGUAUGGACUCUAAAAAUCUGGCAAUUUGCUGGUGGCCGACUCUACUACCAAUCGAAUUCAGCGAUAUGGCUCGGUUCGAACAAAUGAGGCCUCACCUAGAAGACAUUGUACAAACCAUGAUCGAUCAGUACCCAUUCCUCUUUUGUGGUAAAGAAGCUUUUGUCAUGGUGUGAAAAACUGAUCUCUUUAUACCAUUCCAAUUUUGUCUCCCCACAAUGUUCUUUUAUUUUUAUUGCUUCAAAUACCUAUUUUAGCCCAUUGUGAUGAAGAUUUUUAUCAAUUAGUUUUGGGGGGUUAUCAGUCACAUGUCCAUAUUUAUGCAGCAGCCUUUUAAGUAUUAGUGCCAUAUUUGACGGUAUAAUCCGUGCUGCAAACCAAAUUUGAUCUAUUGAUUAAAUUCCUUUAGAUAUUUUUCAUUCUCCUUUGAUCCUUAGACAGGCGAAGAAUAUAUUUUAUGGACAGAGUAGAAUUGCAUGAAUUUUAACUUUUCCCUCUUCCUCAAAGUUUCGUUGUUUCUUUCUCAUUUUAUUUUAUUUAUUUAUUUUUUUUUUGUAAUUUAUUUAUUUUCACUAAUUUAUUUGAUUUGAUUUCUCCUUGAAACUUUGACGAAUUGUAAAAAUAUUUUUGUUAUGUGUAAUUUCUAGUAUCCUUGUUAUUUGCUGGAUUCUCAGAUUGUCUACGCUUUUAAUAGUUUUAUUUUAUGAAUUUAACUUGUUUCUUCUUCUCUUUCAAUCGUGUUAGAUAUUUUUCUUUUCUUAGGUAGUCAUAUCAAUGACUAGCCCUACCAGACAGUGUGAACAGGAAAAAAUAAAAUUAUGUAUGUUAAUUAUCAACAUAUUAUAACCUUUUAGGAUUUUAAAAGUCAUGAACUUACCGUUCAAUUUAUCGAAGCAAACUUUAAGUUCAAAUUAUUUACUUUGCUCAUCUAUUUUUAUUUUUAGUUUUAUUAUUUUAACUGUUUUCAAGCGUCUGUGACGAGUUGAAAACAUCUUUUUUGUUUGUUUUUUUUUUUUUUUUUUGCUUUAAUUUAUUGCUCACAUAUUUUCUUUUCAAUUUUUUUUGUUUAUAGGAAGGCAGUUUUAUUGCACCACGAUCCAAAACUGUGUUUUGGAUUUUAUUUUUUAUUCUUCUAUUCUGUUAAAAAAAGAAUUUCUCAAUUCCACUUUGGUUCUCUCUCUAUCAUGAUUCUGUCUUUUUUUUAACACAUUUUGUCUGAUCUUCCUACUGGAAUAUUGCAGUAUACCACCUAAAAACUCUCAUAAUAUUUACUUGAGUCUUAAUCAGUUAAGGGAAGAUAAUAAAAUCAGAAUUGAAAUCCAUCAAGGGCACUACAGCAUUCCCAGCUGGUAGUUUAAAAUCCUUCCUUGCAUUUUUUCAAGGUAGAGUUGCUGUUUGAGCAAAAGAAAAUUGUUAAUAUUGUCUAGCACAAAUUUAAAUUCAGAUUUAUUGUCUGGUGGGAAUUGCUGACUUUCUCAUUUUGAAACUGCCUUCCAAACAGAUAAUUACAUUUUUCUCCCCAUUUUUUCAAGAGGAAAAUAAUGCAAGUCUAUUGGUUCAUUGUUCACCCAGAGGAAUGGAAAAAUCUUUGUACAUUCUCAACAUAGUCUGAAGUCUCUCUCUACAGUGAAAUAAUACUUGAAUGCAUUCAUGGUAAAUAAUUUACCAUCGUGGAACUAUAUGAGAUACAUUAUUUUAUCAUUAAUAUUUCUUUUUUUUUUCAAUACUUGCCGUUGAAAACUUUUGCCCUCAAAUUCUAGUAUAUUUUAUCAAAACCUGUUUUCCUAUUUAAUCAUGGUUCUCAUAUCCUUCCAACCCUUUUUUGCAUUUUUAGCAACUGCUUGCCAGCUUAAGGAAAACUUCAGCUCUGAUGAAGAAUUUUUUUUUUCUUUUUAAGUUUUUGCAGCUAAUUUCUGUCAAAUAUUUUUUCUCGAGAUUUAACACAUUUUGCCGAUUUUUUCACUUUUCAUUUAAUUCGUUUAUUUUGAAAAUUAAUUAGUCCAAGAUCAGCCGUCAAAUUAGACUUAAACAUCAAUUAUUUUUUUAAAUUGAAAUUUUUCCUUAAAUUUUUCAAAGAUAUCUACUAAAUAUUAUCAUCAGCCUUUGUUUUUAAAGUAGGUAUAUUAACCUCUUAAUCUCAUUGAUCAAUUUUAAAUCGAACUUCUUUCUUUUUGAUCUGCUAUUAAACCCUCGAAUUCGGUUUGCAAAUCAGUGAUUCACCUCUAACCUCCAAUGAAUAUUUUAUGAAUUAAAUUUAAUCAACCCAUGCACUAAUAAUUGUACUAUUUGUAUGUGAUUUUCUUAUCAGAGCAUUAAUGAUAAUCAUGCUUUUUUUAUUUUUUAUUGAUCUGUAAAAUUUUGUGUACAGAAAUCCGAUAGGGAAAAUGUGAGUUUUCACCUCUGUCUCGAAUCUCACCUCGGAUGAGUCUGAAAGUUUAUGUGUUAAUGUCUCAUUUUUGUAGUCACUUGAUGUCUUUUAGGUUAAGUAAAGCAGAGACUGUGGCUCUUUAUCAAGACAGGCCAGUGUUCUCCAACAAUAACUUUUUAAUACUCAAAAAUAAUGCAUUAUUGAAUUUCCAAGAAGUAAUUUUUUUUUCUUUUUUAUGUUCUGCAAUUCUGCUUGUAUUCAAUACAAAAAUUAUUUUGACUUAAAGUAUAUCUGAUAUGUGCCAUUUUAAUGUCUUUGACUAUAGUUUUGUGAAUGCAGGAAGCAUUCUUCAGAAGUCAAGCUGUUUAUUUUGCGCUCCUCCUCCUCCCCUUUCUUUUUUUCUACUUUUUUUUUUGAAAAAAAAAAAAAAUAAAAUAUAUUCUAGAAGCUUGCUUUAGCUAUCGUUGUCCAUAUUAAUAUUCUGGCAUCAGAUAUUUUGUCAUUUUAUGUUGUUUGCAUUUUUCAUGUUACAAUAUCUAUUGCAAAUUUUAGAACGAGAUCAUUAUAGGUAUUAAAUUAAUAAACUUUUCAUGUUUUUA